AUGAUAGUUGACUUAUCUCCAGAUGAAAUGUUGAGUGAUACUGAUGAUAACUUUCUCAAUACUGACAAUGAUAACUUUCCUAACGUCUCUGAUAAAUCUGAUAAAGGAGGAUGUUCUGAGCAUGAUACUAUCGUGUCAGACGCAUUAUCAGACGGUUUAUCUGAUAACAACGAUCAUGAUAUUGGGAGUGAAAAACAAAAAGAUGUUGAUUUGUCAUCUGGGGAUAUGCUUGAAGAUGGAGGUUCUAUGCAUGAUAAAAUUGAAAUUGACAAUAAUCAAUUUAGUUACGAAAGAAGAAGGAAAGAUAAGCGAAUUGAUGGCCAUAAUAUUAUUGAAAAAAUUCUUUAUGAAUUAUAUGAUUCUAAUUUAUUUAUUUAUUAUUUGUUGAAUUCAGAGAUUACUAAACCUCAAGGAUCUUUUCAACCCGGUGCAACUCCUGAGAAGAAUAAUAGAAGAUAUUUAGCUAUGAAUCAUAUCGGGUGUAUAACUACUACGUUUCACGAGACUACUACUGCGUUUCAAGAGGCUACUACUGCGUUUCAAGAGGCUACUACUACUACUACGUUUCACGAGACUUAUUCGACAAUAACUGUAGAAUUUCAUGAUCAAUCUUAUAAUCGUGGUUAUAACCUUCGAGAUGAAUUUAAUUACUCUAUGGCUUGUCUGGAAUCCUCUGAAAUGCCCGAUUCUCAAACUAAUCCAAGUGUAUUGUUUUACAAGCCACAAGAAACAUGGGCAUCAAAAAGCGAAUGGACGUUGACACUUCCACAAGGAGAGGACAUCAUAGCCAUUGCUUUAAGUUCCCAGAGUAUAAUUGUCGCGACAUCGAAAGAUGUAAUAAGGUUUUUCUCUCUUUGUGGUGUCCAAACCUACAUUUUUGCUUUGAAAUCUGUGGUUUGUAUGGUGGGGUACGAGGAGUUCGUGCUUAUUGUAUAUCAUGCUGGUGUCGGUUAUAAAGGGUCGCAAAACCUCGGAUAUAUAUUAUAUAAUGUCCGAUCCCAUGAUAUUUUACAGAAAGAUGAACUACCAUUAACUAAAGGAUCAACUUUGCAAUGGAUGGGAUUUUCCUUGGAAGGGAUGCCCGCAAUAUUUGAUUCGAAAGGUGUUCUUAGUGUUCUUCACCAUCAUCGUCAAUUUAACCAAGCAAGAUGGGUACCGAUUUUGGACGUUUCGAUUAAUCGUAAAGCAGAGGAAAUAAAUUGGACUUAUUGGCCUGUUUGGCUUACUGAAACAACCUUAUUUUGCUUUAUUUGCAAGAGUGAAGCUUUUCCUCAAAUUCCUCGAUCAGCUUUCGAUGAGAUUAGCUGGAAAAUUCCACUUUGGAAUUUAGACAGGCAAACAGGCCAGUAUGAAGAAAAAAUUGUGCGAUUUUCUAUUCUUGCGAGUUAUGAAUUUGAAGAAGCCAUGGCAAAAAAUGAGUUAGACAAGGCGAAACAAAGCAUUAAAAAGAAAAAUAAAGAGAUGGAUAAAGCUUUAUUGGAAAUGAUACAUUUUGCUUGUAAAGAGGAGAAACAACAGCGGGCGUUAGACUUAUCGAAGCUAUUGAUUACAAAUAAAUCCUUGGAGUCAGCAGCAAAAGUAAAUGAAUUACGAUAUUCAAAGACGGGAAGUAGUAGUACAACCGUUCCUGAAUGA